CCCAGGAGGCGAGAGCGGAGGCGAGAGGCGGAUGCUCCUGGCGCGAAGGGAAGCGGGGAGCCGGGUCUCGCCGUUCAUCCAUCCUCGGAGGAGAAGGAGGAGAAAAGGCAGGCUCUGGCUGGCAAGAAGCUUCCAAGCAGCCUCUGCCGCCUCCUCCGCGCCCCACUCCGCCUUUUCACGCCCCUCCGCCGGCUGCCAUUGAGCCAAGGCGAAAGGGGACAUAAAGGAAGAGAAGCCCGGCUCUGCGAAUCCCUCGAAAGGGAAGGAAGGAAGGAGGAGAAGGGCGAGAAGAGCCAGGUUUCCCCCCAGAGGCAGCAGGGGCUGAGCUGGCCAUUGUUCGCCCCGGUGGCGAAGCGGCGGGGGAAGCUCGCCCUCUUCCUCCCUCUCCUCCUCCUCCUCCUCCUCUCGUCUCUUUCUCCCUCUCCGUCUCGGCGGCGGGGUCUCCAAGCCCACCCGCUCCGUCUCCUCUUCCUCCACCCAGCCUGUGGCUUCUCCGGACCGGCGGCGACCUCGGCUCGGGAGGCGGGCGAGAAGGCACGGCCUCCCGAUGAGCCGCCUCGGCCGGCUCUGGCUCUUUGUUGUCCUCCUCCUCCUCCCCCUCUUCCAGAAUGUGACUCCUUUCCAAGUUGCUGUGCGAGAUGACAACUGCAUUGUCAUUUCCCUUGAAGCUGCUGAUGUGGUGAGCUCACUCUCGUCGGUAUAUGUUGUGAAGAUCACCGGUGAAUCCAAGAACUAUUUUUUCCAGUUUGAUGAAUUCAACAGCACUUUACCCGCUCCUGUGGUUUUCAAUGCCACCUACCAUGGCCUUUAUUACAUAGUGACUCUAAUGGUGGUGAGCGCAAAUAUGGUUUCCAAGCCAACUCGAUCAAUCACUGUGUUAACUAAACCUCUGCCUGUAACCAAUGUUUUCAUCUAUGACUAUAAACCAUCACCUGAAACUGGAGUGUUGUUUGAAAUCCAAUAUCCAGAGAAGUACAACGUUUUCAGCAGGGUGAAUAUAAGCUACUGGGAAGGAAAAGACUACCGGACGAUGUUAUACAAAGAUUUUUUCAAAGGCAAAACUGUUUUCAAUCACUGGCUGCCAGGAAUAUGUUAUAGCAACAUCACAUUUCAGUUGGUAUCUGAAGCGACAUUCAACAAAAGCACGUUGGUGGAAUACAGUGGGAUUAAGCAUGAACCGACACAACACCGUACAGUUCCUUACCCUCCUCGAAACAUUUCUGUGCGUAUCGUACAUACGAACCUCAAUGAGAACUGGGAAGAACACAGUGGGGAUUUCCCAGAAGAAUCAUUUCUGGAAAACCAGAAUACUAUGGGACAGGAAAACAUUCCCCAUGUUGAGGAUGAUCUACCAGUGCUCCCAACAAUGAACACUUCUUAUACAUGGCCUGAGUAUCGUUAUAACAGCAGUGAUUAUGAAACCACGUCUCAGCCAGAUUGGUGGAUUAAUGAAUUGGACUCCCCAGAGAAUGAGGACGAGUUUGUCAAUGCAGUGCCAACAGAUUAUGAAAACAUCAACCCAACUGCUGAAUUUGGGACACCUUUACCUAAGCCUUCUUCAUUCCUCCCAGUGCAAAUGGUGCUGAGCUGGCUGCCCCCAAAACCACCCACAGCGUUUGAUGGCUUCCAUAUUCAUAUUGAAAGAGAAGAGAACUUCACUGAAUUCCUAACAGUGGGAGAGGACAUUCAUGAAUUUGUUGCUGAUCUGAAAGAACCAGGGAAAUACAUGGUAUCUGUUACGACGUUUAGUUCGUCUGGGUCAUGUGAAGUUCGAGAAAGCCGAAUAGCCAAAAGACUCAGUUUUUAUAUUAGCCCCACAGGGGAGUGGAUAGAGGAACUGACUGAGAAACCUCAGAAUGUCAUGGCAACUGUGCUAAGCUCAACCACUGCCUUACUCUCCUGGACCACAUCAUCAUGGGAACCCAGCAACAGCAACAAUACCAUUGUAUCUGUUGUAUCAUUGACAUGCCAAAAGCAGAAGGAGAGCCAACGACUUGAAAAACAUUAUUGCACUGAGGUGAACACAAGUAGCAGCUUCAUUGAAAACCUUGUUCCUGGUGCUCAGUACAAAGUUGUAAUCUACUUACGGAAGGGACCACUGGUUGGGCCUCCUUCUGAUCCUGUUACAUUUGCCAUUGUGCCAACAGGGAUAAAGGAUUUAACUCUUUAUCCAUUGGGACCCACUGCUAUGGUCCUCAGCUGGAACAGGCCUUACCUUGGCGUCUUCCGGAAAUAUAUUGUAGAAAUGUUUUAUUUCAAUCCUUCAACGAUGACCUCUGAGUGGACAACAUACUAUGAAAUAGCAGCAACAGUCUCUUUGACAUCAUCCGUGAGAAUAGGCAACCUGCUACCUGCAUGGUAUUAUAACUUCCGAGUUACUAUGGUGACCUGGGGAGAGCCAGAGCUGAGCUGUUGUGACAGUUCCACUAUCAGCUUCAUAACAGCUCCAGUGGCACCUGAAAUUACUUCAGUUGAGUAUUUCAACAACCUUCUCUAUGUCAGCUGGAUCUAUGGUGAUGACAACACAGAUCUUUCCCAUUCCAGAAUGCUGCACUGGAUGGUUGUUGCAGAAGGAAAGAGGAAAAUUAAAAAGAGUGUGACUCGGAAUGCCAUGACUGCAGUGCUCAACCUUCCUCCAGGAGACAUCUACAAUCUUUCAGUAACUGCUUGCACUGAAACGGGUAGCAACACCUCUGCAUCUCAGCUUGUGAAAGUUGAUCCAGCUCCUCCAAGAUCACUCUUUGCUGUGAAUAAGACCCAAACAUCUGUGACUCUCCUGUGGGUGGAAGAGGGAGAAGCUGAUUUCUUUGAAGUCUUCUGCCAGCAGGCUGGCUUGAACCAAGACACAAAGAUCCAGGAACCUGUUACAGUGUCUUCACAUGUGGUGACAAUCUCCAGUCUUCUACCUGCUACAUCCUACAACUGCAGCGUUACCAGUUUCAGCCACAGCAGUCCCAGUGUCCCAGCCUUCAUCAGUGUUUCUACUAUGGUUACCGAGAUGAAUCCAAAUGUGGUGGUGAUUUCUGUCCUAGCAAUUCUGAGUAUCCUUCUGAUAGGGCUGCUACUUGUAACUUUGGUAGUGCUUCGGAGAAAACAUCUCCAAAUGGCCAGGGAAUGCGGUGCUGGAACCUUUGUGAAUUUUGCUUCAUUGGAGAGAGAUGGAAAACUCCCAUACAACUGGCGUAGGAGUGUAUUUGCUUUCCUAACCCUGUUACCCUCCUGCCUUUGGACUGAUUAUCUCUUGGCAUUUUAUAUUAACCCUUGGAGUAAAAACGGAUUGAAGAAAAGAAAGUUGACCAACCCCAUCCAGCUGGAUGACUUUGACAGUUACAUCAAGGAUAUGGCUAAAGAUUCUGACUAUAAAUUCUCUCUACAGUUUGAGGAACUGAAGCUGAUUGGCCUGGAUAUCCCACACUUUGCAGCAGACCUCCCCAUGAAUCGCACUAAAAAUCGCUACACAAAUAUCCUGCCCUAUGAUUUCAGCCGUGUUCGAUUGGUUACAAUGAAUGAAGAAGAAGGCUCCGAUUACAUUAAUGCGAAUUAUAUCCCAGGUUACAACUCUCCACAGGAAUACAUUGCAACCCAAGGCCCACUGCCAGAGACGAGAAAUGACUUUUGGAAGAUGGUUCUCCAGCAGAAAUCACAGAUCAUUGUUAUGCUCACACAAUGCAAUGAAAAAAGAAGGGUAAAAUGUGAUCACUAUUGGCCUUUCACAGAAGAACCGGUGUCUUAUGGAGAUAUCACAGUGGAGAUGUUGUCUGAAGAACAGCAAUCGGAUUGGGUUUUUAGGAACUUCAGAAUCAGCUAUGCAGAUGAGGUACAGGAUGUGAUGCAUUUUAAUUACACAGCUUGGCCUGACCAUGGGGUCCCUCCCACGAAUGCAGCAGAAAGCAUCUUGCAGUUUGUGCAGAUGGUCAGACAGCAGGCAACAAAAAGUAAAGGUCCCAUGGUCAUACACUGCAGUGCCGGUGUGGGACGGACGGGGACUUUUAUAGCACUGGACCGCCUCUUACAGCACAUUCGUGAUCACGAGUUUGUAGAUAUACUGGGGCUGGUGUCCGACAUGCGGUCUUAUCGGAUGUCCAUGGUCCAGACAGAGGAACAAUUCAUUUUUAUUCACCAGUGUGUGCAAUUAAUGUGGUUAAAGAAGAAGAAGCAGUUCUGCAUCAGCGACGUCAUAUACGAGAAUGUCAGCAAGUCGUAAUUCCAAGUCAUGGGUGCAGUUCUGCAGAACACGGACAGAUGCAGAAAGGUGACAUUUUACAUCCAGAAGCUCUGGGAAGACACAUAGCCUUAAGGAACCUGCAGUGUCUUGUUUGGACUCUUUAAUUUUCUGGACUUUUGAUUUUUUAAAGUUAGUAAUACUGGACCAAAUUCAGCACAGCAACAUUAACAUGGAACCAUGUCAUAAUGUGCACAACCAUACAGCACUUGGGAAAGGUUUUUCUGUUGUUCUCCAGUUUCGAAUGCUUUAUUAUUAUUUUUAAUAUGCAGGUUGGGCUUAAAGGUUACAGAAUGUGCAAUAUCUGAACAACAAUAAACUUUAUCCAUGUACCUCCAGUGAGGUGUGUGUAAAUUAAAAGCAGGCAGUAGUAGCAUUGGAUAAUAAUACCUCAUUCACAUCCGGUGGAGGAUGAGAAGAGUCCCUAAGUUGGGCAGGGAAGAUGAGCAAUGGUGAUAUUACUAUCUUACUGCCAUUUAAUACUAAGAGGCAUGGAAUAUCAAUAGGAUCAGGAUUCUCCAAAAGAGAAAAUCGUACCAGACGUCGACUCCUAACUUCAGAUUCAGCAUUUGAAGAUUUUGACCACAACAAUCUUAGAAAUCUUUGGAAAUCUUCAAUUGAGGAUUAUACAACUCAUGAAGUUAAAAUCUUCAGCACAGAGAUGCCAUAUUGACUGGGUGAAGGAAAAACAAGAUUGCACACCUGGAUUUGGAGUGGAAGUACUGAUGGACACAACGUGCUGUUGAAUAAGGCAAUUUCUGCAAUGAGUAUCAUCAUUGUACUGAUUGUGUUGUCUGAACCAACUUUAGCUGCUGUCUAUAUUUCUAUACUUUCCCCCUUUUGUUUUAUGUUUUUUAUUGUAUUUAUCUUGUGGUUGUUUUAUUUGGUGGGGACGGGGACGAAGUUGGUCAGUGUUUUGUAGAGGGAAGAGGAGAAGCAAGUUGUAGAGAGCACCCAGCUUCAUGCUGUUGAGUCUGAAAAAAGCUCCCAAAAUGGGAAUUCCUUUUAGAAUGCUAUAAGAGGAUUCAAAUGACUACUUGUUUGACCAGCAAUGUGGGUUUGUGUGUCAUUGUCAAUUCACUGCCAAGUGUUUUCUUCUGGAAAAAAGUUCAUGUAACUUACAAUGCUGCUUUUUUGGUUGUUUCUGUAUCCGGUUUCUGUAGGAAUUAGACAUGUCCUUAGAUGGUGACAUUUGAAUGCUGUCAAUGCACAAUUGAUUGCAUUUUGGGAGUCCUUCUGUCCUCAGUUUGAUUUUCUCCAAUUUCACUGCAAAUUUCCAAAGGAAGUGGAACUCACCAGACAGAAAACAAGAUGGAGCAAGCUGAAGGGAAAGCAGGAACACCACAUUUCUGCUCAGUAGGAAAAAAAACCAAAACAAAACAAGGUGGUAGCUGUUCUAUGAGAGUGGCAAUGUGGUCUAGUGCAUAGAGUUCUGAACCAAUUCUGGGUUUAGAUUUCCACUGAGCCACAAUCCUUCUCAGUGAGCCCUUAUCUCAGGUCAAAUGACCUGAUAAGAUUGUUGUGAGGAUAAAAUGGAAAGGUAGACAGCCCCAUGAACUACCCUAUGUUCAGUUCAGAGGGAAAUGCAAUGAAUCAAUGUGUAAUGGAAUGAAUUAUUUUGAACCUUCCAUACUAAAGCCUGUCCAAGCUGGGAAGGAUCAGUUGGAAACUCUAGUUUUUCAUCCAAUAGCCAGGAUCUCACACCACAGCAGAAUACCAUAGGUCUCCAUAUGCAGCCUUACACACUAAUUGUACCAUACAAAACGUUUGUGUUCAGUAGCAGCAUUGCACAAAUGUACCAAAACAGCACACAUGCACUGAAUACACAAGCAAAUAUACAUUUAUAAUGGUGUCACGUGUGCAAGUCUGCUUUUGUGACUUUGAACUGAAUGUGGAUGUUCAGUAUCAGACUCAAAUGUCCAUUUUUCUGAUCAGAGAACUUCUGCAUGAGUAAGACACAAACACCUUUCUAGCUCAGAGAUAAAAUUCUAGCUUUGGAGUGGGGUUUAAGACUGAUUUUAAUAUCUGUUAGUGCACUUUUUUGUAUUGUAUUAAGACAGUACAAAAAUCCCCCCUUACACUACCCAGCUGGAUUUGGAAGAAAGGAGGCAACUGUAUCAAGCAUCUUUUGGGGAGGAGAAAUUAGGGUAGCCCAGAUGCCAACUGUUUGCAGUCUCCCAAGAUCUCACCCCAGAAAAAGGUGCUGUUGAAAUACAUUUUUGCCAAUGCAAACAUCCUUAAAAUAAGUACAAGAGGGAUUUGUUUUAAAGAACUUUUUAUUGCUUUGAAAUCUCCCAUCAGAUGGUGGCAUUUCAGUCAUUAUCCAAGCAUCUAAACCUUGGGUCAGGUUACUUGAGAGAGAAAGCAACAGAGAAGGGACAGUGGGUUGAUCAUGAAGAGGACUCUUUGUCAUAAAAUGUUUUUAUUGUAUUUUUCUUUCCACUAACAAUGUGAAGAAAUGAUUGCAGGACUUGUGUGAACAUAACUCUGGGGUAAUAGGGACCUUGACUUGGGUGGACUGGGGAGGGACAAUUUAUUUGGCUGCUUUAGGAGGCAUGAUAGAUCCUGGUAGGUCUAAGGAGAGUGGGCUGGUUAAUCCACUUGGAGUUCAGUCUGAAUCGUAAAGGAGUGUCUCAGAUGCCAAACUUACUUAAUGUAUGAGCCAGAAGCAGGAAUUUUCAUGGGAUUGAAUCCAGAAUAAGAAGCUGCUUAAAGCAGGGAGAUAUAGCUUGCUUGGUUUAAUUAGGAGGCUUUGUUUAAAAUCCUGUAAAUCAUAUCUAGAGUAAACAUGUUGAAUCGAUUAUUGAAUGGUGACUCAACAUAUGGGUAAAUUCCAUUGAUUCAAUGGUUCUACUUUAGUCAAGACUAACAAUAGUAUUUAGAUCUUAAAGUGCACAUCCUGUGUGUAUUUACAAAAACAUCAAUCCUUCUUAAUGGAUUAUAGACAGGCAUAACUCAGCAUUUGAACAUCAGGAUACCAGAUUUUAUUUAAGUUCUGUUUUUAGAAUGAUGUCCUCCUCUUACUUGGGGAAAAGGAGGUUUGCAUGUUUUUCCAGAUGUAUACAACAGUACAAUUUUCUCCCGUGGACCAACAAGCCUCUAACAUGCCUCUAAGUAAACCAGUAUGAACUGCUGCGACCCAUAUGCUGACCUAUUGCCAACAAAACAAAUGCUGAGUUUAUUGUGGAAAGGAUGUGCUUUCAGGCUUCAAAGGAACAAAAUGAUAAAUUCAGGCCACAAAUGCAUGUGGAUAUGAUGUUUUGCAGCCAAUAAUAUAUGUGCACUUGACAUGAAUUAAGAUGCCAUGUUGUCUUUGCCAACUAUUUGUGUGCCAUGAUGUAGGAUGGUGUCUCACGUGUGCUUUUCUGAGCCAUGCACCUCCUUGCACUAUUCUGCUACUUGGUUACAUGUUUAGCCUCUUAGGCAUGUGAGAUGCUGAAACAAAACAAUGUAACCAAGUUCCCAUCAGAAUAGCAAUCCAUCAUCUUGAAUUCAGGGAUUUGCUCAUGCUUUGUUGCAGUUAAGAAAUGCUUUAAAAGAGAAUCCUUAUCUGAACUGCAGUCUUUUUUCUCCUCCUCCCUUCACAAAUAUACAUAUACAGAACCCAAAUAGAAAAAAAAACUUGUCCUAGGGAAGGUCUAGGGGAACAAUCGUUCAGGCACUUAGCUCUACUCAAGGCACCAACCAUGUUCUUUAGUGUCAAAUAUCUUUGUUGUUUAAUGGACCAAACCCAAAGAACAUUCAUCAGUUUGAGCUGUACCAGAUGGCUGUAUAAACACUAUUGGUUUGCUUUGUUUUGCAAUUUUUGAAAAGGUGAAGAUGGGGGGAAAACACCAACAAUUGUGUUGAUUUUGUUCUGUUGGAGCUGUUCUGAGUUUUGCAACAAUGUGUAGUAAUCUGUGUUAGGCGUAGCUUAUUUGAGGUUGUAGAGUAUAGAAUCUGAAUUUGGGGGACCAGAGAGCUGUAUGAACAUGAACAACAAAAAUAACACUGAUCAAAGCAAAA